AUGCCUCGAGCUUCGAACGCGAAGCGACAGUCAGGCGCUGCUGCCAAUGCCAAUGCUCGCGACACUCGUCACGAGAAUGGUCUUGUAGGCCCCGCCAAGCGAGUCUCCAACAAGAAGAGCCAGUCCCAGCUGGACGCCUCGCCUGCCCACCACCACUCGACCUCGUCCGCACCCUCCGACGGCGAUGCCUCUGCGUCGCCUCUGCCGUCGCCUCUGCCCACCUUUGCUAUCCAUGGAAACGGAGACACCAACGGCAAGAUCCAUCCCGCCGCCGCCAUGGCCGCCGACGCCGUCCCUAGGAGGGGCUCGCUAGGCGCCUACUCGGAAUCUUCCUCGGGCGACUCGAGCGCCUCGAACCCGGCCGGGAACGGCUGUGUCGAGACGCAGCACCGCCAGAUCGAUGUCAAUGCCACCAAAAAUGUCGACGUCCACCGCGAUCCCGGCGGUCCCCUCGAGUUUGCCGCCACCGUCCUUCGCGCGCUCCCUCUCUACGACACGCUCGCCAUCCUCAUCCUGCUCAUGCACGUCCCGCCCGUCGCCCUCUCGGGCAUCUACAUGGCCUUUACCUUUUUGACCUUUGUGCCCCCCGUGACCACGAGCUCCGGCAUGAACAUCAACCUCGCCGAGAUCUUCGACUACAACUCGACCAUGCCCUCUCUCGUCACCAUCGGCUGCAUGGACAUCCUCAUCAUGCUCGUGUGGCUGUUCCUGUGGCCGCCGAUCCAGGUUGCCAUUCUCGACUUGGCCAAGCCCGUCAUUGCUGUGACCCUUGGCGGUGGCUCGUCCUCGCGCGAAGGCACGUCGAGCAGCGUCACGACGUGCUUCCUCCUCGUCAUCGCCUCGCACGUGCUUCGCGGUUCGAGGCUGCACUGGUCCCGCGCCACUCGACUCUUGCCCCCAAAUUGGCGGCUCGCCUCCGACAAUGACGACCCCCUUGAGGCGAUCUCGCAAGGGUUCGAUAAGAGAGGACCCCACGGCUGGAUCAAGAGCAUAUUGGCCAUUCACAUUCUGACCCAGGGCAUUGUGCGAUAUAUCAGGGAGUGGUACCUGCGACGCGAAAAGAGCAGCGGAUCCUCCCACAGCCUGUCCGAUCCCGAAGCGGGCAAGCCCGCCGACAUUUCUGGAGAUGCCGGUCUGCCAACAACCACCGACAGCGAAGCCGCAGCGCUGCAGCACGCCACGACGUCGUCCAAGAAGAGGAGAAAGCAGAGCACCCAGGUGCGCCUCCAGCAGCCCUUGUGGGCCGCGUUGGCGAGCACCAAGAUUGUCAUGGUCAAGGAGUACGAAUUAUCGCACGCCGCUUCCGAAACAGCGGGGUCCAAUGCUACCGACAUCCACAAUUUGGGCAACGCCCCGUUCGACUCGGAAGCCGAACAGAUCUGGAUCUCCUACAUUGGAUACGACGAAAUUUGCUUCAACACCAGUCAUUUUGCCGACAUUGCCCCACCCACCCAGAACGGACACGCCUCACGACCCGCCGGCGUCGACACGUCCAAGCCAUUCUAUGUCCGCGUCAACAAUGCCUACUGGCAGCCGACGCGCAUCUUCCGCGUCCAGGACGAGGACGGCGAGCGCGCGUCGGGUCAUCGAUGGUGCGGCGACGUCUACGGCUUGCGACCGCUUAGCAAGUAUGUCUGCGAAUUCGUCGACACGCACACCGACCGCGUCAUCUUCUCGACGAGCAUCCGCACGACCCAGGCGCCGACCAAGGACCAGGAGGGCGUCCCCGCGAGCCCCGCCAUCAACGGACAGCAAUCCCUUCGCCCCGACUCCCCCGCUACGACGCUCAAGAGUACGAUCAGCGCGCAGAACGAGCGGCUGUCGGAUGAAAGGUCCAAGCUCAAGACGCUGCGCAAGGACUGGAAGAGCAAGGUCAGCGCGCUGAAGAAGGAAAACGAGAAGCUCGACAACUCGAUCCAGUCCGGCGGCGGCAACGACGACAAGCUGCGCCAAAAGAUCAUCCAGCAGGAGACGCAAAAGGCCCAGGCCGAAAAGGAGAUUGCCGAGCUCGACGAGCUGCUCAAGGAGUUUGAAAAGGCGCCCGAAGGUCUGCAAGAACGCAAGAAGCAAGCCGAGAAGAGCUGGUCUGCCGAGAAGACCGUCUUUGACAAGGCGUCCAAGGAGCACAAGGAGUUCAAGGCCAAGCUCGCGGCACAGAUCAAGGCGGCGCAGGACGAGCAGGCGGCCCUCCAGACAAAGCGCAACAAGAUGGCGGCCCGCAUUGCCAAGGUGGACACGGAGCUCAUGCGCAUCACGGAUGCCAACAACCGCGGCCUCGACGAAGCCGAGCGCCGGCGCCAAGGACGCGCGGCGUGGGAGGCUGAGACGAAGCAGAUCGAGACCAACUUUCGGGAGAGCAUUGCGACGAUGCAGGCCAACAAUGCGACCAAGCAGGCUCAGGUCAACAACCUCAUGAGCCAGCUCCAGACGUUCCACCAACAGAUGAACUACAGCAACAACAGCCUCUCGUUUGACGGUCAGCACCAGCACCAGCACCAGCACCAGCAGCACCAGCAGCAUCAGCAGCAGCAGGGCUUCGAGGCGGCGGCCUCGACCAAUGCGACGAGCUCGGGCAACUCGUGGAACCCGAACCCGGCGGCCGCCCCUCACUACCCGGCCUCGAUGUGGCCAGCAGCAGCGACGACUACAACCUCCAACUCGACGAGCGGACCGGGGGCGGCGCAGCCCUCGCUGCUACCGGCGCCGCUCAUGGGCGCGGGUCACUGGCUUCCCUCGCAGGCACCUGUCAAGUCCCGUGGCCGCUCUAGUAGUAUGCUCAGCGACGUUUCGGGCUUCACGCAGUCGAGUGCCGGCGACGACGAGUACCAGUCGUUCCACAACACGCCGGCGCAGGCGGGCGCGGCCGGCGGCUCACGACCGCCGCCGGGGCUCAGCUGGCCGUCGCGAGGCGCCCACUCGGGCUCGGGCAGCAGCGUGCGUAGUGGCACCGGUAGCGGCAGUCGCAGCGGCGGCAGCGUGCGCGACCCGACGAGUCCUGUGUGA